CUGGCGCCCCAAAUCAAUCAGCUUUCAGAAAAUAAGGUCUGUGCAGGAUUUCAACCACUUAAUGUAAACAAAUGUGUUUUCUCUCUCCGAUUGCAAGCAGAGAUCUUGAAAUUGACCUUUUGUGAGACUUGGGACAACCCCCUUCAAGUUUCAUAACCAGGUUUCACGGGUAAUCCUAUGGGACUGUGCCGUUAGAACAGUAGAAGUGUUGUCACAGUGUGUCCGGCAGAGCGUGGCCCUGCACUCUCCUCCAUUAUGAUGAGCAUGCAUGUCAUUAACCUGUUCGUCCUUCGCUCUCCUCCCACGGAAAGGCCUAAGAAAGAAGAACCUGUCACCGGGGGCGGUGGAGACUGACGUGCGAGGGAUCACCGGGGUGGACUUAUUCGGCACCACCGACGCUGUGGUCAAGCACGUUCUGGAGGGACAUGACCGUGGGGUUAAUUGGGCGGCUUUCCACCCCACUAUGCCUUUAAUUGUGUCCGGGGCGGAUGACCGCCAGGUCAAGAUCUGGAGGAUGAACGACUGUCCUGCGCCCGCUACAGGCCAGUUCUCAGUAGACAUGACUAGAGAGUCCAAGGCCUGGGAAGUGGACACCUGUCGCGGACACUACAAUAACGUCUCCUGCGCCGUCUUCCAUCCUCGUCAGGAGCUCAUCCUCAGUAACUCUGAGGACAAAAGCAUCCGUGUCUGGGACAUGUCUAAGAGAACUGGAGUCCAAACGUUCCGCAGAGACCAUGACCGCUUCUGGGUCCUGGCUGCUCACCCCAACCUGAACCUCUUUGCAGCAGGCCACGAUGGGGGAAUGAUCGUAUUCAAGCUGGAGAGGGAGCGCCCUGCCUAUGCCGUGCAUGGCAACAUCUUGUACUAUGUGAAGGACCGUUUCCUGCGGCAGCUGGACUUCAACAGCUCUAAGGACGUGGCCGUGAUGCAGCUCAGGAGCGGCUCCAAGUUCCCAGUGUUCAACAUGUCCUAUAACCCGGCUGAGAACGCAGUCCUGCUCUGCACGAGGGCCAGUAACCUGGAGAACAGCACGUAUGACCUGUACACCAUCCCCAAGGAUUCCGACUCCCAGAAUCCCGAUGCCCCAGAGGGGAAGCGCUCCUCCGGCCUGACGGCUGUGUGGGUGGCUCGUAAUCGGUUUGCGGUCCUGGAUCGCAUGCAUUCAAUCCUCAUCAAGAACCUGAAGAAUGAAAUCACCAAGAAGGUCCAGGUGCCAAACUGCGAUGAGAUCUUCUACUCGGGGACCGGGAACCUGCUGCUCCGAGACGCCGAUUCCAUCACCUUGUUUGAUGUGCAGCAGAAGCGAACGCUCGCUUCUGUGAAAAUCUCCAAAGUGAAGUAUGUGAUCUGGUCGGCUGACAUGUCUCACGUGGCUCUUCUGGCUAAACACGCCAUUAUGAUCUGCAACAGAAAGCUGGAAUCUCUAUGUAACAUCCACGAGAACAUCCGAGUCAAGAGCGGCGCCUGGGACGAGAGUGGAGUCUUCAUCUACACCACCAGCAACCACAUCAAAUACGCGCUCACCACCGGAGACUACGGCAUCAUCCGGACCCUUGAUCUGCCCAUUUAUAUCACCCGAGUGAAGGGCAACAACGUUUACUGCCUGGAUCGGGAGUGCCGUCCUCGGGUGCUGACCAUCGACCCAACAGAGUUCAAGUUCAAGUUGGCGCUAAUUAACAGGAAGUAUGACGAGGUCCUGCAUAUGGUGAGAAAUGCCAAGCUGGUGGGCCAGUCCAUCAUUGCCUACCUGCAGAAGAAAGGUUAUCCUGAGGUGGCGCUGCACUUUGUGAAAGACGAGAAGACCAGGUUCAGCCUGGCCCUGGAGUGCGGUAACAUUGAGGUCGCUCUUGAAGCUGCCAAAGCCUUGGAUGAUAAGCACUGCUGGGAGAAGCUGGGUGAGGUGGCCUUGCUGCAGGGCAACCAUCAGAUUGUAGAGAUGUGCUACCAGCGCACAAAAAAUUUCGACAAGCUCUCCUUCCUGUACCUGAUCACUGGUAACCUGGAGAAACUGCGCAAGAUGAUGAAGAUUGCCGAGAUCCGUAAAGAUUUCAGUGGUCAGUACCAGAACGCUCUGUACCUUGGAGACGUGGAGGAGCGGGUGAAGAUCCUUAAGAACUGUGGACAGAAGUCUCUGGCCUAUCUCACCGCUGCCACCCAUGGAAUCACCGAGGAGGAAGAAAAUUUACGGGAGACGUUCGACCCCGAAAAAGAAAUUAUUCCCGAGGUGGAUCCCGAUGCGAAGUUGCUCCUGCCCCCUCCUCCGGUGAUGCCCCUGGACACUAACUGGCCUCUGCUCACCAUGUCUAAAGGCUUCUUUGAAGGAACCAUAUCCAGUAAAGUUAAAGGAGCGAUGGCGGCUGACAUCGAUGUGGAUGCGGUGGGAGGAGAAGGCUGGGGAGAAGAUGCUGAGCUUGCCCUGGAUGAAGAUGGCUUUGUGGACGCUGGCGAAACAUUUGGAGACGAGGCUACCGGAAAAGGACAUGAAGAAGGAGGUGGCUGGGAUGUGGAAGAAGACUUGGAUCUUCCUCCUGAGUUGGAUGUUGCUGCUGGUUCUUCUGGCUCUGGAGAAGAUGGCUUCUUCGUGCCACCUACUAAGGGCAGUAGUCCAGCACAGACUUGGUGUAACAACUCUCAGCUCCCAGUGGAUCACAUUCUGGCAGGCUCUUUUGAGACAGCAAUGCGGCUUCUCCAUGACCAGGUGGGGGUGGUGAACUUCGCAGCUUAUAAGCAGCAUUUUCUGCACACCUUCUCCAGGGGGCGCAGCACCUACCAUGCACUUCCGGGACUCCCAGCUAUGUACGGUUAUCCCCAGCGGAACUGGAAGGAUUCUGGAUUGAAGAACGGACUCCCAGCUAUCGGCCUGAAGCUCAGCGACCUGAUCCAGCGUCUUCAGCAGUGCUACCAGUUGACCACAACCGGCAAGUUUGAGGAAGCGGUGGAGAAGUUCCGUCUGAUCCUCCUCAGCGUUCCCCUUCUGGUCGUAGACAACAAGCAGGAGAUUGCAGAGGCCCAGCAGCUGAUCACAAUCUGCAGAGAGUAUAUAGUGGGAUUGUCCAUGGAAAUCGAGAGAAAGAAGCUUCCCAAGGACACCCUGGAGCAGCAGAAGCGUAUUUGUGAGAUGGCAGCCUAUUUCACACACGCCAGCCUUCAGCCGGUCCACAUGAUCCUGGUCCUGAGAACAGCGGUUAACCUCUUCUUCAAGCUGAAGAACUUCAAAACGGCCGCCUCCUUCGCCAGGCGACUGCUGGAGCUAGGGCCUAAACCUGAAGUGGCGCAGCAGACGCGCAAGAUUCUCGCCGCUUGUGAGAAAAACCUUACCGACACCUACCAGCUCAACUACGACAUGCACAACCCCUUCGACAUCUGUGCCGCCUCUUACCGGCCCAUAUACAGGGGCAAACCAGUGGAGAAAUGUCCUCUCAGUGGAGCUUGUUACAGCCCCGAGUAUAAAGGACAGAUCUGCAGGGUCACCACGGUGACUGAAAUCGGAAAAGAUGUUAUCGGCUUGCGGAUCAGCCCCCUACAGUUCCGUUAGGGUCUCGGUCAUUAAAUCGUCCUAAUUAUUUUUCUUGUUUUUGUCCAUCCUGUGCCGCGGACUCCGCCCCUCCGCUAAGCUUCUUAGUCGGCCUCAUUUUGCUACCCUGUAAUUCAGUAAAUCUUCAUCCUUUCCAUAUGUGAAAUAAAAAUUAACAAUCCGAAUUUGAGUUGCAUUUAACAAUACUGUGAAUGCCGAGUACAACCUCUGGGGUCUCAUACCACCCGUGAAAUAGAAAUUCAGUAUGAAGGCUAUAAUAAUAGUUACAGACACACUCUGUGCGCAGACUAUGAAGGAAGCAGCUCUCUCCUCCUCUCCCAGCAGGAAGUCCCAGCACACACCAAUAACCUCAAUCCAAUUAGCUGUAGAAACUGGUUCUAGAACAAUAAACGUUCCUCAGUUUGUCAUAGAGUUGAAAGCUAUAAAUAUCGAUGGCUCGCUAGAUUUACGUUUUUGAAGAAUGGACCAAGAAGGGCCUUCUCGUCUUGCAUCGUGGUGUCCACAACUAACCAAAUGCUCAUGUAGGAAUAAAAUUUUGAUGAAA